UACAGGUUUUUCCAUAGACAGUUGGCACAAUGUUCUACGCUCACUUUGUCCUGAGCAAGCGAGGGCCGCUAGCCAAAAUCUGGCUGGCGGCCCAUUGGGAUAAGAAGUUAACCAAAGCCCAUGUGUUUGAGUGCAAUUUGGAAAGCAGUGUGGAGAGCAUCAUCUCGCCUAAGGUGAAGAUGGCUCUUCGAACUUCAGGACACCUUUUACUGGGAGUUGUUAGAAUCUACCACAGGAAAGCCAAAUAUCUCCUUGCAGAUUGUAAUGAGGCAUUCAUUAAGAUCAAGAUGGCUUUCCGUCCAGGUGUGGUUGAUUUGCCUGAGGAAAACAGGGAAGCUGCCUACAAUGCUAUCACUUUACCUGAAGAGUUUCAUGAUUUUGAUCAGCCAUUACCAGACUUAGAUGAUAUUGAUGUGGCUCAGCAAUUCAGUUUGAACCAAAGCAGAGUGGAAGAAAUUACAAUGCGAGAAGAAGUGGGCAAUAUCAGUAUCCUUCAGGAAAAUGAUUUUGGUGACUUUGGAAUGGAUGAUCGUGAAAUGAUGAGAGAAGAUAGUGCAUUUCCUGAUGACAUGCUGGAUAGCACUAGUGCUUCCAACCUUCUCCUGGAGCCUGAGCAGAGCACCAGUCAUCUUAAUGAGAAAUCCAAUCACUUGGAAUACGAAGAUCAGUACAAGGAUGACAAUUUUGGAGAGGGAAAUGAUGGCGGAAUACUGGAUGACAAGCUUCUCAGCAACAAUGAAGGAGGCAUAUUUGAUGACCCGCCUGCCCUCUCAGAAGGAGGAGUAAUGAUGCCCGAGCAGCCUCCCCACGACGAUUUGGAUGACGAUGACAACGUCUCAAUGGGUGGACCAGAUAGCCCAGAUUCAGUAGAUCCUGUCGAACCGUUGCCGACGAUGACUGACCAGACCACUCUAGUUCCAAACGAAGAGGAAGCUUUUGCUUUGGAGCCUAUUGAUAUAACUGUUAAGGAAACCAAGGCAAAGAGGAAGAGAAAGCUGAUUGUAGACAGUGUGAAAGAACUGGACAGCAAGACUAUCAGAGCCCAGCUGAGUGACUACUCAGAUAUAGUUACUACACUGGACUUGGCGCCUCCUACUAAGAAGCUGAUGAUGUGGAAAGAGACCGGAGGAGUCGAAAAACUUUUCUCUCUUCCUGCUCAACCUCUGUGGAAUAACCGAUUGUUGAAGCUCUUCACCCGCUGUCUUACACCUCUUGUACCAGAAGACCUUAGAAAGAGGAGGAAAGGGGGAGAGGCCGAUAACUUGGAUGAGUUCCUUAAAGACUUCGAGAACCCUGAAGUGCCCCGAGAGGAGCUGCCUCAGCGUAAUGUGAUCGACGAACCCAUCUUGGAAGAGCCAAGCCGCCUCCAGGAAUCCAUAAUGGAAGUCAGCAGGACCAACUUAGAUGAAUCGGUGAUGCCCCCACCUCCACCUCAGACAGGUGUGAAGCGAAAGGCUGCGCAAGUGGAACCGGAGCCUGUCCUACCGGCUCAGCCAUUGCAGCAGAUCGAAAUGCCCCCAGUGGAGCUGCCUCCUGAAGAACCCCCAAACAUCUGCCAACUAAUUCCAGAGCUGGAGCUCUUGCCUGAAAAAGAGAAGGAAAAAGAAAAGGAGAAGGAGGAAGAGGAGGAGGAAGAGGAGGAAGAUGGCACAGGAGGUGAUCAAGAUCAAGAGGAAAGACGGUGGAACAAGAGAACUCAACAGAUGCUUCAUGGUCUUCAGAGAGCUCUUGCCAAAACGGGAGCAGAAUCCAUCAGUUUGCUUGAGCUGUGCAGGAACACAAACCGCAAACAAGCAGCGGCGAAGUUCUACAGUUUCUUGGUACUGAAAAAGCAGCAGGCGAUCGAGCUGACGCAGGAGGAGCCGUACAGUGACAUCAUUGCGACUCCCGGUCCCCGAUUCCAUAUUAUUUGAGUGCUUGGCUUUACUGUGUAUAGUUAGC